UCAAACUGGUUCAAAUCUCUGGUUGUGUAUUUUUCCAGCACAAUGGAUUUACCUGAGAACCUGCUCUAACGCUAACCGCGGAGUCAUCCCCGCCGCCUGGCGCACGGACAUCUUGUUUCUCUCUUGUUUCUCUCGGAGCCAGGAGGACCUCUCCCGGAGCAGCGGGAGCUCCCAGCCGGUCGUCGUGUCUCCGGGUGUGACCGCAGCAUGGCGUGGCCCUGUAUCAGCAGGGCGUGCUGCAUGGCCCGCUUCUGGAACCAGCUGGACAAGGCGGACCUCGCGGUGCCGCUGGUCUUCACCAGGCACACGGACGCGUCGGAGAUGAAGCACGUCCAGCUGCAGCCGCCGCGGGCCCGCGUCGCCAUAGCAACGCAGCCGACUCGAGAAGAAGCUCGAGCCGCAUCCGGCCGCCCCCCCCGCAGGUGCGUGUCCGAGGAGCGCGUGUGCGGCUCGGUGAUGCGCGAGGACUACAAGCACUGGAAGGUGCGACCGGAACCGAGCUGCAAGCCCAAGAGCGAGUACCACGGGCCCGAGACGCCGUUCAACAGCGAGACCCAGUACCAGAAGGACUUCCGGCCCUGGCCCAUCCCAAAGAGGCUCGACCACCCCUGGAUCCCCCGGGCCGCCGCCGGGGAGGACCCGCGGCACGCCAAGGAGCUGGCGGCGCGGGCCGACGCGGACUGCGGCGUGGAGAAGAGCGACAAGGGUCAGGAGAAAGACCUGCUGCCGGAGCCCGAGAGGAAGAAGCGGGCCGGCAGACCGGGACAGGUCGGCCUGAAGGGGGACGGAGAGGGCAAGGGGAGGGCGGCGGUGGAUGCUGUCAACAGGCAGAUCAAACAGGAGAUCCGAGGCGACAGCUCAUACAAAACUGAAUUUAAGGCCUACAGAGAUGUGAAGCCUGCCAAGAUGAUCCGGGCCAAGUCCCAGUACCUGCCACCGGAUGAGAAGACCUGCCUGGAGACCAGCUACAGCGCCACCUUCAAGGGGCAAGCCCCACUGCGGCCGGCUGAUAACAAGGCCGUGGAUCGGAGGAGGAUACGCAGUUUGUACAGCGAGCCUUACAUAGACCCCAUCAAUCAGGUUGACAGAUAUAGUUCUCGCUCUAAACCCAAAAAGUCUGGAGCCACAGCGGCUGGCCAGGGCAAGCCGGUGAAGAAAGCCAAAGAUAAGCAGAGCGCCGGGCUGAAGGGCUCCAAGAAGACGACCUCGGAGAACCAGUCCGAGAACCGGCCAGCGGUGGGGGACAAGGAGAAAAGUAAAGAGAUGAACAACAAACUGGCUGAGGCAAAAGAGGUUGUGCUAAAACAGUACCACUACAUACAACUCUGCCAGCCAAUCCGAGACAUUAGCUGGGUGCAGACUCUAAAGCAACACCUGUGGGGCUGUGCACUACCCAAUCCCAGAGGUGCUGAGGACGAGCCUCUCCGACCCAGUCAUCAUCAUUCCCAGGGUGCUGUUGGAGGAGAUGUACAACCACCACUGGAAUUGCCCGAGCCUCGGAGGAGCGGCGGAGUCGUUCGCUUUGCCCUAGACGGGAACCAGACUGAGUAG